UCACAGAGACAGAGAGAGAGAGGAGCCUGUUUCGGGUUUAAAGCUUUGUGUCUCUAGCUAACACUCCUCUCCUUCUUAUCCUCUUCAAAAGUCCCUUAUUUAUUUUCUCAGUCUUCCUCCUUUUCUCUCUGUUUGUUUUUGUGUUUGAGACUUUGAGAGAGAGAUAUGACUGGGUUUUCAGAAGCCGAAAGCGUCACGCUUGACUUGCUUAAGAAGAAGAUGGCGGAUUUUGCUAAAGAGAGGAACUGGGACCAGUUCCACAGCCCCAGAAACUUGCUCUUGGCUCUGGUGGGUGAGGUGGGGGAGCUCUCUGAGAUAUUUCAAUGGAAAGGAGAGGUUCCAAAGGGUCUUCCUGGUUGGGAAGAAAAGGAAAAGCAACACCUGGGUGAAGAGCUCUCUGAUGUUCUUCUCUACCUUGUCAGGCUCUCUGACAUUUGUGGUGUUGAUCUUGGCAAAGCUGCUCUGCGCAAAGUUGAACUCAAUGCCAUCAAGUACCCAGUUUCACAGAAACAGAACCAGACCAAUGGUUCCAACAGCCUCAACACAACCACCACCAUUAACACCAGCAAUGGUAAUAAUCACCCAGAGGAGAUCAUCGGUUGAUUUCAGUGGCAGAAAGGGCCACCACAUCUUUUGCUUUCUGCAGGGUUCAUGUUAAUACUAGUACUAUAUUUGGGUGCAUUAGGUUAUGUAAGGGCUAUGCUGGGUUGGGGCAUAGGAGGUGUUUUUGGGCAUUUAUUCUCACGUUUUUGGCUUCUGAAUCGAAUCCCUCUGACAGUUGUGAGAUACGGUGCAGAUACUAUAAUAUUUCCCUUUCCUUUUCUAGUU